AUGUCUUCUCAGCCUGGUCGAGUCUACGGCUCAGUGUUUGGCGAAGAGUCCGACUCGUAUCCCAAGUACACAGGCUCACCCUGGCUGUUGUUUUUCGCUGAUCUGGGACUCUUCCUCCGCAACAUUCUCUACCUACCAUGUAUUUUCUUGCCUGUCAUCCCAUGGCCGUCUGGGCGUCUGGAUGAGCUAUAUCCAUCACUAGCCAAUAUCUUCGACAUUUCCCUCCACUGUUUUCUGUUUGUCCUUCAGCUGGCCUUUAUAUUCUCACUGCCAUUGUUGAUGUACCUUCCAUUCUUCUUAUAUGUCAUGUAUGUUGCAGCAACCCUCACUUUGAAUACGUUUAUCUGCCAAAUUCUAAACCGUGGGAUUCCAUCCGACGGCCUCAAAUCGACGGAAGAUGGCUUUUCGAGAUUGUGGGUGCGACAUGAUGAUGAGUACUGGGUUUUUCUCAAUGGAAUCUGCGUUGGGAGGAACUGGCUCCAGAGCAACAUCGAUCGAAUUUCACGGACAUUCCACCGUCCAGUGGUUGGUGUCCACAAUAGAACGGCCGGCGUCAUUUUUGACAUCAUCCAAUGCCUCAUUCAACGAUCCAUGCUGUACGCAACAGAUGACGUUCGCGAAUGCUACGUCCUUGUCAAGAAAGCACUGUACCGGCAGGAAGUCAAGAAGGUGGUCUUGAUCUUGCACUCACAGGGUGGCAUUGAAGGUGGCAUGAUUCUGGAUUGGCUACUCAACGAAGUCCCUCAGGAUCUCAUCCGACAAUUGGAAGUUUAUACUUUCGGGUGUCUUGCAAACCACUUCAACAAUCCGUACCGCGACGCGAACUCAUAUAACACAGCCACUCAUUAUGCGCGCACGGGAGAAGUUACAGGAAAUGUUUGCAACCGCUGUAUCUUACACAUUGAGCACUACGCCAACAGUAAUGAUUUCGCGAGCCGAUUUGGGGUGCUGAAUUUCGACCACAGUAAACCCCGGGACCGUCGGGAGAAUCGAUUCAUGGGGAAGGUGUUUGUAAAUCCUGCAUCGGGCCACCAGCUCAACCAGCAUUAUCUUGACACCAUGUUUCCUCUUGAUCCAACCAAGCGUUUUACGCGGGAUCCGCAGGAAGGUGACUUCAUGGACAUGGAUAUCACGAUAAGCCGGCAUGACAAGCCGGAGGAGGAACGGCCUGUCACGAUCCUCGACGCAGCGGGAUUGUUGGAACCUGGUUCUGGGGAAGUCGAUGGUGUCAGUCCAACCUCGGUUCCCUCUGGGGCUGGUCGGAACAUGAAAGCCGGAAUUGACAUGAGGAUAAAGGUGCACAACAUGAGCCGAUUGUGGCUGUAUCGGAAUGGGGGCCGUCCAUUAGCAUGA